UAUCCCCUGAGAAAUAAUAUCGUCACAAAAUCUGCAUAGUCAUUACAAAGCAUCAAUGGCCGUGGCCUCUUCAUCUCCUCCGUUCUUGAACUUUUCUCUUUUACCUUCUUCUUCAUCUCAUCUUCAUAAUAGAGCGCUUCACUUUUCGCAAAGCUAUUCGUGGUUUAAUUUUCGAACCAGAACCAGAACCAAACCAAUUCAUGUAUCAAGCACUAAAGCUGAAGGGGAUGUUAGGAAAGAGGAUAUUGUCAUUGUCGGUGCUGGGAUUGCUGGACUUGCUACUGCAGUAUCUCUACAAAGGCUUGGAGUUGGGUCAUUGGUGCUUGAGCAAGCAGAUUCACUUCGAACUGGAGGAACUUCUCUCACCCUUUUCAAGAAUGGAUGGCGUGUUUUAGAUGCAAUCGGAGUUGGAAGUGACCUCAGGAGCCAAUUCCUAGAAAUUCAAGGGAUGGCAAUAAAGUCCGAAGAUGGAAGGGAGAUGCGUUCCUUCAAGUUCAAAGAUGAAGAUGAAAGCCAAGAGGUCCGAGCGGUGGAAAGGAGAAUUCUUUUGGAGACUCUUGCCAAUCAACUGCCUCCAGAGUCGGUCCAUUUUUCUUCAAAACUGGCUAAGAUAGAAACAUGUGCAAACGGCGGCACUCUUUUGGAGCUAGUGAACGGGACUCAAUUACAUGCAAAGAUAGUUAUUGGGUGCGAUGGGAUUCGUUCUCCUAUAGCUAAGUGGAUGGGAUUCUCUGAGCCUAAUUAUGUAGGUCAUUGUGCUUACCGUGGGCUCGCAUAUUAUCCCAGUGGGCAGCCAUUUGAACCAAAAGUUAAUUACAUCUAUGGAAGAGGAUUGCGUGCCGGAUAUGUUCCUGUUUCUCCUACAAAAGUUUACUGGUUUAUCUGCUUCAACAACCCAUCUCCAGGUCUGAAAAUUACUGAUCCAAUUAUGUUGAAGAAGCAAGCUAAAGACCUAGUCAGGAACUGGCCAGUGGAGCUGUUGGACAUUAUAGAUCUUACCCCAGAUGAGACAAUAAUCAGAACUCCCCUUGUAGACCGUUGGUUGUGGCCAUCAAUAAGCCCUCCUGCUUCAAGAGGAAGAGUUGUGCUGGUAGGAGAUGCCUGGCACCCAAUGACUCCAAAUCUAGGGCAAGGCGCUUGUUGUGCACUGGAGGAUGCAGUAGUUCUUGCAAAAAAACUUGCAAAUACAACCAAGUGUACAUCUGCAUCCGUGGAAGAUGCUCUCAGAUCAUAUGAAAGUGAAAGAUGGCCUCGUAUCUUUCCAUUGACCAUACGUGCAAAUCUUGUUGGAUCACUUCUGCAAUGGGAAAACCCAGUUGUGUGUUCUGUUAGGAACAAAAUUAUCAUACCAAAGGUAGUCAGACUUGGACCAGUGUUGGACCAUACAAAUUUUGAUUGUGAACCUCUAAUGGAAGGCAUAAAUGGUUAAGAUUUCAGGUCCACAAGCUGUACUUUUCAGGGAAGACUUCAGACAUUUAUUUACCAACAGUAUUAGCUAGUGGAACCCUUUUGGAAAGCAGUUUUUUUCUUUGUAUUCCACUGCAUAAAGACCUUUAUAUAUUCAACAACACAACAUAUAAUACUGUCUUUAUACGUUCAUCAACACUACAUAUAAUAA